CUUCACCCACCACCACCACACACACACGCACACACACGCACACACUCUCUCUCUCUCUCUCUCUCUCUCUCGUGCGCACACACACAUCAAAUACACACCAUGGCAUCCACAGAGUCCAGGCUCCUCGCUACCGGCGGCGACACCGAAGCCUGUGCCGCCAUUCUCCGCGACGCCGUCGCCGCCUCGGACGCCACCGCCCUGCACACCUUCAUCGACUUCAUGACGUCGAACGACCGCCCGCCGGUGGUCCGGAUCAACCUGGUCACAGUCUUCUCCAACGAGCUGGGUAAGGUCACCGACCGCCAGGUCCACGAGGCGGUGGCGAGUGCAGCACACGGCAAGCUGGCUGGGCAAGAGUCGUUUGUGGAGCAGCUGGGCAAGAUCGCCAAGGACAUGGCUGACCGGCUGCAGGCUGCAGAGCUGUGGAAGGAGACGGCGGUUUGGCUGGCCCGGGUGCCUAUGGAGCGCAUGCCUGCUGGCGACCGCUUUGUGCUCAACGUCAAGAUUGCGCAGGUGUACCUGCAGAUUCCCGACUCGAUCUCGGCCGGCGCGUACCUCAAUCGGGCGCUCAAGGACCAGGCGGCGUGCAAGGACGAGCAGUACUCGACCCUGUUCAACGUGUGCCGGGCGCAGGUCCUCGACUACUCGGGCCAGUUCUACAAGGCUUUCAAGAUGUACUACGACCUCUCGUGCCGGGGCCUCCUUGCCGAGGAGAAGAUCCACUGCCUCCGCAUGUCGGUCAUUUGCGCCGUGCUGGCCAAGGCCGGGCCCAUGCGCUCGCGCGCGCUCGCGCUUAUCUACAAGGACGAGCGCGCCAAGACCCUCGACUGCUUUUCCAUUCUGGAGAAGAUGUACCUACGCCGCAUCCUGCGCCCCGAGGAGAUCGAGGCAUUCAAGGCCCAGCUCUCGCCGCACCACAUCGCCAAGGGCCACGACGGCUCCACCAUUCUCGAGCGCGCCGUCCGUGAGCACAACGUCCAGGCCGUCGCCGGCCUCUAUACCACCAUCGCCUUUGCCCAGCUCGGCGCCAUCCUCAACAUCACGCCCGAGGAUGCCGAAGAAAUCGUCGCUGAACUCAUUUCGCGCGGCUCACUCUCGGGCUCCAUCGACCAGGCCGCUGGCUUUGCCUCGUUCUCCUCCGACUCGGCCCUCGACACCUGGGACUCGAGCAUUGCCGCCAUCUGCCAGGACGUUAACGCCAUCAUUGCCCCCAUCGCUGAGCGUUUCCCCGAGUUCAUCGAGUCAUAAGCCCAAAACCGACGCACCAAUCCCCA